AUGUCGAAUGCUCCGAUAGCUCCGAGAGGCCAAGGUCUAAAUGCUUCAGCAACUUCCAUGACGAACGUACCAACAGGCCCUCGAGGCGGGAACCCACGUGGCCGUAGCGGUGGACAUGCCGGCCGCGGUGGCGGACGUUUUCAGCCUCAUCGUCCGCCCAUCAUCGAUCAGCCCAACUCCCAUCAGCCGCGACUUGUUCACACGCAACUCGAACCUGCGCCCGCCACCAUUAAAGGCGACGCAUUCGUCUCUGCACCAGAGCGACUUACUGGCAAGACGCUGACCAAUCACUAUGGAAUCAAGUUCCCCAAUGACGAUGUCAACUCUUCGACGACGGGACCUACACAGCCUCACAGCCCAUCAAACGCAGCGUCUACGACUUUGACCAGAAGAACGGGUCCCGGUGCCACUACACCUGUGAGAUUCAGCUCUGGCACAGGUUCACCCAACAAAGCGUCCUCAGGCUCAUCACCCAUCAAAUCGCCCAACUCAAGGAAGUCGCCGCCGUCACGAGGCGCAUCUUCUGCUCAAUCGUCAGGCACCGAGGGCUUUCAAGAGAAGAUAGAGCAAGAGAAGAACGGCGAAAUAACGAACCCAGCUCCAGUACAGAGCCCGAGGAACCCAUCGAAGCAGACCAUACGCCGCAUCGUGUUUCUCUUGAUCAAGGAUCUGCACAGUCGCGGCGAUAUGAAAGGCACUGCUGUCGCCAGUGAUUAUCACAAAUAUCUGGUUACUUGUCAACAAUUACCGCUUGCGGCUACCACCACGCAUCAGGUCAUUCUUUAUGGCGACCACGAGCAUCACAGGGGCGACUAUCCUCUUUACACAGUCACAAUCGACGUGGAUCCCAAGAAAUUGCCGAUCAAUUCCUUGUUGAGUCUGCUAUCUCGCAAGGACGAUUUGAUGGAGAAGGAGAAGAACCAGAAGCACGAGACCAUCACAGCGCUUAAUGUUGUUUUCACGAAUGCAGCCAGCGUGAAGACGUUCACUGACCAUCUCCCGAACUCUGGAAACACCGGAAGCAUCCAAACAGUUGCCCGCAGCGGAAGCAAGAAAUUCUUCGAUCUCAUGCCACUGUGGGCUGAGGAUAUAGGCCCGCAACAGCUGAGAGGAAACGAUAAAUACGGGCUCGUCGGACGUCUUGGAUUCUUCCUGAGCACUCGAGCAUUCCUUGGUGCUAAUAAGAUCUUCCUCAACAUCAACACCACGCGAUCUGCUUUUCAUCACGAAGGAUCAUUGAAUGAUUACAUCGAUUUCUUACUGAGGCCUGUGGUAAAUGGCCGGACCCAAGAUGACACGUUAUACAACGGCCCGCCGCCUCAGCCAGAUGCGAACUCCCGCGAGCAACGCAAUCCACCACCGCGAAGUGAAUGGACACCUGAUUGGGACGAUGCAAUGAGAGCUAUCGGUGGGUUGAAAGUCUGCACAGCAUAUCAUAACGAUGCAAGGAAUUCCAGUCGCUCGAAUGAGAUGCUUUACACGGUCUGUCAGCUUCAGGAACAGCCCUCAGUGGACGUUGCAACGGCGGGCGACGCGGUGACAAGUGAUCCUCUUGUCAACGUCGCCGAAUAUUUCGGCCGGGAAUACUCAUGGCUGAAUGUGUCCCCGGAAGACCGAAUUGUUGCAGUCCGCGGUGUCACAUCUCGCAGACGGCUUGACGCAGAGCCUCUUCUCAUACCAGCACGGUUGCUCACUCUUAUUCCUGGUCAACGAGUUUCUUCAAAGGUCGAGAUGAUCGACUUUGCAGUGCGGCCUCCUGAUGCGAACCGUGAUAAAAUCCAAAAGCAGGGCAGGCAGCUUUUUGAACUGGAACGGACGAACACGAAUCUUGCACCGGCUGCUGCAUUUGCCUUUGGGGGUCUUCGCGUCGAACCGGAUAUGCACGAAUUGGAUAUGACGAUCAUGAAUGGACCGGACCUUGUUUAUCCAACAGCACUGCCAACCGAUAAAGGAACACUCAAUGACAAGGAAAGAGCGAGCGGCAAAUGGAAUCUUGAAAACCGACAAUUUAGUACUCCUGCUCAGAGUGGGUGCUGGACUGUCCUCCGGAUCUUCAACCCAGGAAGCCGCCGCCCACACCUUUCCGAGUUCUUCGCAUCUGUUCAAACAGAGCUUCCGAAAUAUGGCCUCAAGAGCGAGGCGUUCAUAAACGGCCAACCGAUCAGCAACUUCCGUGGGAAUUUUGGCGAUGAUAGCUUUGGCGACCUUCAUUCAUUCGACCGCCGGAAAGCCGAUCAUAAGGACGGUGAGCAACUCCGCACCAGGCUGAAGGAGCUUUUCAAUGCUCCCACUGGUGGCAAGACCCGACUCGUCUUCGUCAUACUGCCCUUCAAGGACUCAAAGAUUUACCAGCAAGUCAAACGUGCCGCAGAUCUAGAAGGGAUACAAACCAUCUGUAACUUCAGCUACUUCAACCAGCCGAAGAAUCAGAGCUCCAAAGUCACGAACAUGCUGAUGAAAUUCAACUUGAAGAUGGAGCGCGACACGGUCAAUCAGAAGUUCCGGAGUAUCGAGCCCGGUCUCCUCGGAUGCAUCGACUCUCAGACGAUGCUUAUGGGAAUGGACGUCACACAUCCUCCCGUCGGAGCCAUGGACGAAGCGCCUAGCAUCGCUGCUCUGGUGGGAAGUGUCAACAAAGAGUUCUCUCAGUUUCCGGCAGUCCUGAGAGAGAAUCCUCCGCUCAAAGAUAAGAGGGCCAGGGAAGAGAUCAUGAAACUCAAGGAGAUGGUACAGCUCAGUGUCGAGCGAUGGUCCAAGAACAACUUGAACGCCAUGCCCAAGCGCAUCAUAGCAUUCCGCGACGGUCUCUCCGAGGAUCAACUUGAAAUGUGCAAGGAGGCGGAGAUACCUCGAAUUCGGGAUGGCAUCAAAGCUGUUGCCGAAUCACUCGGUUCCAAAUCGAUCCCCGAGCUCUUCGUGAUCUGCACGAUCAAACGUCACCAUGUCCGAUUCUUCAAGGAUCCCAAGGUCAAUUCGAAAGUGCACGAUGGUAAGAAGAGCAAUCCGUUGCCAGGCGCCAUGGUCGACAAAGACGUUGUUCUUGAGGCAGGCCGCCACGAAUUCUUUCUGGUCAGUCAUGAGGCCAUUCAAGGCACGGCUCGGCCUUGUCACUACGUUCCGAUAUGCUUGCCGGAGACAGCGACUAUCGAUACCAAGGACUUGGCACGAAUGACUCACGCCUUGUGCUUCCUCUUCGGCCGAUCCACACGUAGCGUCAGUCUAGCCACCCCGUCAUACUACGCCGAUCUAGCUGCUGACCGGGCACGCUGUUGGGUCCGGCACAUCUACGAACCCGAGCUGAAGGAGGGCGACCUCCUCCAAGGCCCUCUAGUCCAGAUUCUACUUGACGAGAAGCGGGAUGGCUGCUUCGACCUCAUCUGCUAUGAUCAGCCGCUGUUCAUGCUAACAUACUUCUCCUCAACGAUCCGCGAAGAGUUCCCCGCCAGCCACCCUUUACUCCAUUCCUCGCCUCAUCCACAACAAGUACCGACAGCAGUGCGACUGAUUGGCGGCGGCGCGAAUGCCAUCAAGGACCUCGUCGAGUGGAUGUCGACGUGCUGCCAUCAUAAAACCAUCGUACCGCUUAGAUCCGUCAUCAAUUGUCCGGCAAGGUUCGUCCUCGCUGUGGAUGGUAUUCAACGACUUAGAAUUGAUCUUCUCGUCGAGGAGACUUCUCAGCUUCUCUCAAGAUUACAAUAUGAGCUUUUCGAAGUCAAUACCGUCGUCGAGAUCUUCGCUGCCGGCCAUAACCUUCCUUCCGAGGUAGCGAAUGCCAUUUGCCAAUGUGUGGCGAGAUACUUCUUUCACGGAUCCUUGCCAGAGAUUGACAAGUGGUUGCAUCUGGCGACAAUGAAUCUCAAGUUUGACGAUGGCGUCAAAGCAUGGCUAAGACCAGGAGCAUUGAAUGAGGGACCUGAUAUGAUGGGUGCCUGGGAGCUGUGGAACUCAAGGAGUGCGUUGACUUACCCUGCAAGGUGGUAUCAACCCCCUCGUGCUGGUCCGUCCUAUGAGCGACUUCGUCCGAGCACACCAUACCCUCCAGUGCAUCCUCCACAUCAACGUGGUCCGGGCGAUGCUUAUCCUUCAGCAGGAUAUACCUCCACGCCAGGAUGGCAUGGACCGGACGCACCGCCGUCACCACCUCCCAAGCCGGACGCCUACCGACAGAGGCCAAAUUUAGCUCACGAUCACCAUGAUUAUUCAGACCCGCCGACAGGCAUCAUAGAUGUAACACUGGCCGAGCAUUCACAAUCGACAGCACACCAUCGCCUCCGCAUCGGAGCUACAGCCACAGUCAGCACGAACGAGCAAAGUAUUGGUACGAGCGUCCAAGAUCUCCAAGUAUCGCUCGAUCUCAUAGCCAACGGCGGUCUUCGUAUCCUGGCCAAGAGUGGGAUGCUUCCUAUGAGCCACCACAGCCGGGCGAGCGUCUUCGUGAAAGGCGUCAACUCGGGCCAGAGCAUUAUGUUCACUUCUUUACUGAUCAGUAUGGUCGUGAGCGAGUGGUCACGAAAGGUGGAGAUGUAUCUGUAG